ACUGUCAGUGUCAAAAGUUGUUUAUUUAAAAAAUUUGGCAGUAGUGAUCCUCCCGCAAUGAGCCGAAUUUUAUAAGAAAUUCCCAUAAUUUCCCUUCAGCAAUCCUUUACUUUAUUUAAAUACGGAAAGAAAAAUGGGCCAGCAUGUUUCUAGAACCGAUUUCGAAUGGUCCUACACCGAAGAGCCUCACGCAAGCCGGAGGAAAAUUAUUUUAGAGAAAUAUCCCCAAAUCAAAAAGCUCUUUGGAUAUGACCCAAAUUUUAAAUGGGUAGUCACUGGAAUGGUGCUUACACAGUUUUUCCUAAUGUACAUUUUAAGAGACAGAUCGUGGCCAGUAUUAUUGCUAGUCGGCUAUUGCUUGGGAGGUGUCAUUAACCAUUCCCUAAUGUUAGCUAUACAUGAAAUAUCACACAACUUGGCUUUCGGCCAUGCUAGACCUUUACAUAAUAGGCUAUUUGGGUUUUUUGCUAAUUUACCUAUUGGCAUACCAAUUUCUAUUAGUUUUAAGAAAUACCACUUGGAACACCACAGGUACCAAGGUGACGAUCUAAAAGAUACAGACAUACCAACCUACCUGGAAGCCAAACUGUUCUGCACAACCUUUGGAAAGUUUAUUUGGGUGCUCCUUCAGCCGUUUUUCUACUCAUUUAGACCGCUUGUAACUUACCCUAAACCUCCUAGCAAAUUUGAGUUUUACAACCUAGUUAUUCAGCUUAUUUUUGAUGCCAUUGUGGUGUAUCUCUUUGGAUGGAGGAUAUUAGGUUAUUUGAUUUUUGGCAGUGUAAUGUGUAUGGGACUACACCCUGUUGCCGGACACUUUAUCUCCGAACACUACAUGUUUAAAAAGGGAUAUGAAACAUAUAGUUACUAUGGACCUUUGAAUUUUAUUACCUUUAAUGUGGGUUAUCAUAAUGAACAUCAUGAUUUUCCUGCAGUGCCUGGCUCUAGAUUACCUGAGGUGAAAAAAAUUGCUCCAGAAUUCUACGAUGACCUCCCCCAGCACCACAGCUGGUCCCAAGUUCUCUAUGACUUUGUCAUGGAUCCAGAUGUAGGACCCUAUGCCAGAAUCAAGCGAAACAAGCGAGGACUUAAAAGCUAAAUACCAAAAAACAAAUUACACUAAAAUAAUUUUCGUGAUCUAUUACGUCGGGUACAAUAAUCUAAUGAUUUAUAUUUUAAGAUGUUACAGUGUCUUGACAUCAUCAAAUGCUUACGUUAAGUCUUCAGAGACUUGUCUUUGUAUUAUAAUUCAAUGAUAUACACAAACUUGCUAUUUAUUGUUAUUUAGUUUUUUUUUUGUAUAGAUGUGAAAUAAUAUAUAUUUCUAUAUUUUAA